GCCGGGAAGCGAUUAUGAGCAAAGCCAAUCAGAACGCAGGAUCUCUGAAAAAUGAUUUUUCCGCUUCAUCAAAAAGUCGACACUCCCGUCCCCCGUAACAUUUUUUUACCUACCCCAACAUGUCCCAAGCAUCAGGAUCUAUUGCCAGCAGGAUUACCCAGAAGUUGGCCUCCAAGGAGUUCAAGAGCUAUUUGAUGAGCACCCACUUUUGGGGUCCUGUCGCCAACUGGGGUAUCCCUAUUGCUGCCAUCUCUGACUGGAAGAAGGAUCCUCAAUAUAUCUCUGGCAACAUGACUGCUGCACUCUGUGUAUACUCUGCCCUCUUCAUGCGCUUCGCCUUGGCUGUCCGACCACAGAACUAUUUGUUGUUCGCAUGCCACGCUACUAACGAAGUUGCACAACUUGUUCAAGGUUAUCGUUUCAUCCAGUAUAACCACCUUGGUAAGAAGGAGGACAAGAUUGAGGAGGAACAGCUCAAAAACACCGCUGCAUAGAUACCGUCCCAUUAUCUAUUCAAACCCAAAAUAAACCUUCAGUAUAAAAAAUGCAAUAUACGGACGUUAGGUGGAUAUUCGAAGCAGAGUCUCUGUAUUUACUAUCGUCCAUUCGUCACGAGUUUUUGUUUGAUAUUGGCUGUAUUGGAUAGAUCAACAAACAUGUAUAAUGAAGGGUCAAAGCCCC